UUUCAAUUAUUCAAUAUAAUUUUCCAAAUAAUUCCACGUUUGGUCGGGCUGUACGAAAAAGAGAUGCUGCUAUUGAAGCUAGAGUUCCAGUUCCAGUUAAGCUAACCGUAAUUCGACAACAUUUCAACAUUCAGUAAAAUCGAUAAGCUUCAGCAUCCGUACAAAUUCGCACUACAACUUGAUAGACAAAAGGGGCCGCCGUCAUCCACCCAACACCAACACCACCACCACCACCGCCAUUCGCAUUAGCCACCCACCCACCUAACAGAGCUCGCUCUCUCGCUCACUUGCUCUGUGUGUAAUCGCCAAGAACAACAACAAUAAAAGCUACAACAUGUCAUUCAUAACGAAAUUGAAAGCAACGCCAUUGCCACCAAUCAGGAAUAUACUCAAUGUGGCCAUGCAAACGGCCAGACAACAAAUUCCAGAGCGCAAGGAUUAUCAACAACCAACCGGCACAAGUGGCAAUCCCCAGCAGAACUUUGCUCACGGUCAAGGUCACGGCAUGUUUCCACCAGGAGGCGAUGCUGGCGCUGGCACUGGCACUGGCGAUGGCACCGAACCGCCCACAGAGAUGAACUCGAAUCCCUUUCGAAAUGCGACCAGUUGGUCCAAUGAGGAUGCUGCUGAGGGUGACUACAAAAACGAAUACCAGAGCACAUCCUUUGUGGGCAAUGAAUACGAUGGCAGAUAUCAGCAAACCGACGGAUUCAGGCAAGGCAGCAUUGCCUCGGAUGCCAGCUCGUUUGUGUGCGAGGGUGAGGGUGGCGGCGGCUCCAAGAUCGAUGAGUUCCAAGCGGCAUGGAAUGUGACAAAUGCGAUUCAAGGCAUGUUCAUCGUAUCGCUGCCAUUUGCCGUUCUGCACGGCGGAUACUGGGCCAUUAUUGCCAUGGUGGGCAUUGCGCACAUUUGCUGCUACACAGGCAAAGUGCUGGUGCAGUGCCUCUACGAACCGGACCCGGCCACUGGUCAGAUGGUGCGUGUACGCGAUAGUUAUGUGGCCAUUGCCAAAGUGUGUUUCGGCGCCAAGCUGGGUGCCCGGGCCGUCAGCAUUGCCCAGCUGAUUGAGCUGCUGAUGACGUGCAUCCUGUAUGUGGUCGUCUGUGGGGAUCUGUUGGCUGGCACAUAUCCGCAAGGAUCGUUUGAUUCACGCUCCUGGAUGCUGUUCAUUGGCAUCUUUUUACUGCCCAUGGGUUUCCUCAAGUCACUGAAAAUGGUAUCGACGCUAUCAUUCUGGUGCACCAUGUCACACAUUGUGAUAAAUGCGGUGAUUUUGGGCUAUUGCCUGCUACAAAUUGGGGAUUGGGGCUGGUCGAAGGUACGCUGGAGCAUUGACAUGGAGAACUUUCCAAUUUCGCUGGGCGUCAUUGUCUUCUCGUACACAUCGCAGAUAUUUCUGCCCACCCUCGAGGGCAACAUGAUUGAUCGCUCCAAGUUUAACUGGAUGUUGGACUGGUCCCAUAUAGCCGCUGCUGCAUUCAAGGCCGGAUUCGGUUACAUCUGUUUUCUAACCUUCCAGAACGACACGCAGCAGGUGAUAACCAAUAAUUUGCAUUCGCAGGGCUUUAAGGGCAUGGUCAACUUCUUUCUGGUCAUCAAGGCCAUUCUCAGCUAUCCAUUGCCAUACUACGCUGCCUGCGAGCUGCUCGAACGUAAUUUCUUUCGUGGCCCGCCAAAGACCAAAUUUCCGACAAUCUGGAAUCUGGAUGGUGAGCUAAAAGUCUGGGGAUUGGGCUUCCGAGUGGGCAUUAUAGUAUCCACAGUACUAAUGGCCAUAUUCAUUCCCCACUUUUCGAUACUGAUGGGCUUUAUUGGCAGCUUUACGGGUACUAUGUUGAGUUUUAUUUGGCCCUGUUAUUUUCACAUAAAAAUCAAGGGUCAUCUGCUCGAUCAGAAGGAAAUAGCUAAAGACUACCUCAUUAUAGGGCUAGGUGUGCUCUUCGGCGUUAUUGGCAUCUAUGAUUCUGGCAAUGCCUUAAUCAAUGCAUUCGAGAUCGGUCUUCCAUUUUAAAAAGUAUCAUUACGAUUGUUACAAAACUAUUUAUAGAUUUGUUUACGAAAGCACUAAUCAAACUGGGUAACACGCAGGUAUACCUAGGUAUAUAUAUUUGUUGGGUUUUAUGGUCUGCAUUUUUGGCAAUACAUCCACAAGUCUUCCAAACUAUAUAGUUAAUAUUGUAUUUAAUGCCAAAGAUGCAGUCUAUGAUGAUAUAUAUGAAUGAAAACGAAACAAUAAACCUAGUCUAUAAGAAAUGAAACGCAAGUCUUCCAAAACAAGCGAACAAAUGUCUUCCAAGCAUGAAAUAUGAAACUCCUAAGCUAAUUUAAGUAACGAGUAAUUAAAGAGAUUAUUGAUAUUUACUGUAUGAGCGCAUAUUAUAUAUAUAUAUAUACACAAAUAUAUAUAA